GUUACUGGAUUUCACUGAAAUAUUUUGUGUUAAAAUUCGGUACUUUUUCUAGAGAUAUAAAGAGGAUAGCGACAGAAGACUUUCUCACUUUAUUUUUCUUUGUUUUAAAUCUUGCCCCGUCUCCCCAGCCCGGCCCAGCCCAGCCCUCUCUGCCUAAGGGCCUCAUAGCUGAACCGAGCUAUGCACAUUUGGCCCGCGCGUUUUAAAAAGGGUAUUCUUUAUCACCGUCAGGUCAUUUAAUUCCAUUUUGCAGUUAUUCCGACAUUCAUUUGGAUCUUUCUGUAAGGGAGGAUGUGUCAUAAAUUAUGAAGACUUUAGCCCAAUCAAUAAAACCAUGAAUUUUUUUUUUUUUUAACUUUUGGCCGGUCACUCAUUAUGACGUAUGUCCUCCUUGCCGGCAGUUGUGCUAAGAAGUGGGAAUACAAGGACGAUUGAGAUACUAUUUUUUAAUGUAUUUAUCCCAUACCAAAUUGCCUUAGUCAUCCUUAUCCAGUUGUUAAUUUUAUAAGACCAUCAGAUAACCUGGAUUUGCAACUAAAUGAAACAUUUUUAAAAAAUUCAAUGCCCCGGUAAACUAAAUUUCACGCAAUUAUUUCUAUAAUUGCUACAAAAUUUGUUGAACGUGGUGAAUGAAUGAAAAUGAGCUAGGCAUCAAAUAAUGUCAUCUGAAAUAUUGCCAGCAUUUAGUGAGACUUCUAAUGUUGAAAGAAAGCAAGACUUAAAUGAAGACCAAGAGGAGAAUCAGAAACCAGGAUUAGGUGAAGGGUUUGAACCAAUAUCUAAACGGCAAAUGAAGAAGCUAAUGAAACAGAAACAAUGGGAAGAACAAAGAGAACUCCGCAAACAAAAGCGAAAGGAAAAACGCAAGAGAAAGCAAUUAGAGCGACAGUGUCAACUGGAAUCAAACUCAGAAGGAAGUGACAGAAAACGUAUUCGAAGAGACAUUGUUUACAGCCCACUCCGCCUUAUCAUUGACUGCAGUUUUGAUAGCUUGAUGGUAUUAAAGGACAUUAAGAAACUUCAUAAGCAGAUUCAACGAUGUUAUGCAGAAAAUCGACGAGCACUGCAUCCUGUGCAGUUUUACUUGACAAGCCAUGGAGGCCAGUUGAAAAAGAACAUGGAUGAAAAUGACAAAGGAUGGGUCAACUGGAAGGAUAUCCACAUCAAACCAGAGCACUAUAGUGAAUUCAUACAGAAAGAAGACCUGGUUUAUCUUACAUCAGAUUCACCUAAUGUACUAAAGGAAUUAGAUGAAUCAAAGGCCUAUGUGAUUGGAGGAUUAGUAGAUCACAACCAUCACAAGGGACUCACGUAUAAACAAGCAUCAGAACGUGGAAUUGAUCAUGCACAGCUCCCUCUUGGAAAUUUCGUGAAGAUGAAUAGUAGAAAAGUUUUGGCAAUUAAUCAUGUGUUUGAGAUUAUUCUGGAAUACCUAGAAACAAGAGACUGGCAAGAAGCAUUUUUCACUAUCUUACCCCAAAGAAAAGGAGCUGUUCCCACAGACAAAGCCUGUGAAAGUUCUUCACAUGACAAGAAGUUCACCAGAGUUGAAGGUGGAUUGAACAGUGAUUCCAGUGAGGAGGAAAAUAGAAAUGAACUAGAUUCACCACAUAAGGAAGAAAAGCAGGAUAAAGAAAAUAGCACUGAAUCUACAGUGAACUCUAUACUACACUAAUGUCAUUUUUUUUUAAGUUUAAGGAAAAUUAGGAGAAAAUAUAGAAUUUCAUACAAUAUUUCAUAGAAUAUUUGAAAUGGAAGAAACUUUCAUUUUCUCUUAUUUCUGUUGUGAAUUUUUUAAACUUUCUUUUUUUAGAACUAAGUGAUAAAAAGCACUAAAAAAGCAUUUUUUUGUUUUUGCAUAAGAUUUAAAUGUGUAAUUUAAAAAAUAAUUUUCUAAGCCUCAAAUAAGCAUUUCUUGAGAAUUUUACCUUAUUAGUAAACCUUCAUUCUCUUUUAUUUACAAGAUUGCAUUCUUCAGAAUGUGCCUUCUGACCUUUCAGUUUUAUUAUUAUAUGUUUAUAUCAAUGUCUUUCUGAUUUAUUGCCUACUUAUUUAUGGAGGCAGCUAUCCUGAAACUCCUUUAAGUCCACCAAAAUAUUCUGUAUGGGUGGUUACCCAUUUGCAGCUUUUAUAUUCAAUUUAGUUACUUCAAAGGAAUAUAGUGAUUCUAGGAAUAAGUGUUGGAUUGAGAAACUCAAGAAUUGAUUUCUUUUGGACUACGGAGCCCAUCUCUGUUCUUCCUUUGUAAUGCCUUUGUGGUUCUAAAGCAAUCACUGAAGAGUUAAGACUCUCUUUAAUAUAUUUUCUUAAUUUCAAUAAUGAUGGUAAAUUAUUUCAAUUACAAAAUUUAAUUUUUCAGGCUAUAUUAUUUUAAAAGGCUGUUGAAGGAUCAAUUUUGUCAUUACCCAAAUUUAAAAAGAAACAGUUCUUAAAAAGAAAAACAAAAACGUAGCUCUUAGCACCUAUUCUUUUCCUUCCAUAUGUACUUCUUUACAAUAAAAUAUAUUGGUUCUUAAGCAAAUAAAGUUAACUUUAUAUGUGCAUCUGCCUACUAUCAUAUAAUAAUAUUCAAGCUAAUGUAAAUGUAUGUUUCUAUAAAUAAUAUAAGCAUAUAUGAAAAUAUGCAUGUAAUUGUAUAUACAUCUAUUUGUCCAUAUCAUGUAUGAUUCUGUUAUUAAUCAAUGAUAAUAGGAUUGAGUUGCCAUAUAUCUGUUUUAUUUGUGUGAAUGAUUGUGCUGAAUAUCACUAAGGAAUUUAAAUUUCAUAAAGUGCAAAAAUCCAUAACUCGACAUUUGUAUGAGGGCAUUGGCAAGGGAAGAUGGGGCUCGAAAAAGAUAUUUUAGUUCCUACCAGUAAAUGUAGAGCAAUUACGUUUAAAGUGAUUAUUCUCUGUCACAGCUAAAGUAACAUUUCAGAAGCCUUUUCUGAGUUUGCAUAAUUAAGUUUCUAUUCUUUUUACUCAUUGGCAUCUCAAAUUAUAUAUAUAUAUAUAUAUAUAUAUAUAUAUAUUUGGUAGAAAGUUCAUUGAAUUUAACAUUGAUGUUCACUGUCUCUUACAUUGCUUUAUUCUUAGUGAUCUUUAUAGUUAUCCGUCUAAGGUCUGUGAGCAACAUAUGUAAACAAAGAAAAGCCCCCGCAAUGGUAGAAGAACAAAGCUUAAUGUCUUAAGUUGUAUCUUUCAAAGCUCCAGGUUUUUCUGAGUAAAUCUAGUUGGUGGCAUGGAACAUUAUGCCUUUUCCUUAAAUUACUCCAUAUGGAAUAAGGCACAGUUUAAUAUUGAAAGGUGGAGAAAGAUCAUUACAAGCACUACAAAGUUUAAUUUUCACCAAUUAUAAAAGCCCUGUAAUUGUUUCCUAGGGCUGCCGUAACAAACUGUUGCAAACCAGUGGUUUAAAACAACAGAAUUUGUUACUCUUUAAAAAAACAAAAACAAAAAAAAAGGACGCGGAAAAAUGCUCAAAAUCAUGAAUAAUUAGAGACAUGCAAAUCCAAACAACAAAGAGGCAUCACCCAUCAUGAGUCAGAAUGGCCAUCAGCAAAAAGUCUACACACAAGAAAUGCUGAAGGGGUGGUGGAGAAAUGCAUACCCUCCUAUGCUGUUGGAGAGAUGUAAACUGGUAACAGCCACUAAGGAGAACAGAACGGAGGUGCCUUUAAAAAGUAAAAAUUCCAUAUGAUCCUGCAGACCCACUACUGGGCCUAUAACCUGAGAAGACCAGAAUGGAAGAGACACAGGCACCCAAACGUCCACUACAGCAAGAUUUACAAUAGCCAAGAUAUGGAAGCAACCAAAACGGCCAUCAACAGAUGAAUGGACAAACAAGAAGUGGUACAUGUAGCCAAUGGAAUAUUAGCCACGGAAAAGAAUGAAAAAAUGCUGUUUUCAGCACCAUAGAUGAGCCUAGAGAUAAUCAUAUGUGAAGUAAGAACAAGAAUAUCCUACGAUAUCAUGUAUAGAUGUUAUCUAAAAAUUGAUACCAAUGAAUAUAUUUCCACAGAGAAAGAUACUCACAGACUUAGAAAACAAACUUAUCGUUAACCAAAAGGAAAGGUGGGAGGAAUGGAUAAAUUAGGAUAUGGGGGUUAACAUACAUAUACUAAAAUAAAAUAUAUAAUCACCAAAGACCACCAUAUACCAAGUGAGGUCUACUCAACACUCUGUAAUAACCUAUAUGGGAGCAGGAUUGAAGAUGAAUAGAUAAACGUAUGUGCAUAAAUGAACCAGAUUCUGUACACCUACAACAAACACAACAUUGUACUGGAGUUUACUCCGAUAGAAAAUAAAAUUUAAAUUAAAAAAACAAGAAGUAAUGAGACAUAAGCUUUUGGGGGUUUGUCCUGGCACCUUCCACUCUGAUUUACAACCUAGGAACAUGUCUUCCAAGAAGGCUCUGUUGCCCUAGUAACCAGAGUUGGGGAUGUAGAUAUUGCGUCGCCUUGUGGCCAUUUCCUGAAACAGCAGCUUUAAACCUAGUGCUAAUGGUCACUUAACAUUCACAAGGCAGGGCUGUAAAUGACACCUGCCCUCCAAAAAUGUCCUACAGUCUGAAAUUGACAAAAAAAUUCAACACGGGGAAAAUUUUCACAAGGUAAAGUUUACUCUUUUUUUUAUUAAAAAAAAAGACAUGGAAAAAUGGUCAACAUAAUGAAUAAUUGGAGACAUGCAUAUCCAAACAACAAAGAAGUAUCACCUCACACCAGUUAGAAUGGCAAUCAGCAAAAAGUCGACAAACAAUAAAUGCUGAAGGGGUUGUGGAGAAAUGCAUACCCUUUAUGCUGUUGGUGGGAUGUAUACUGGUGACAGCCACUAACGAGAACUGAAUGGAGGUGCCAUUAAAAGGUAAAACUUGAGCUACCAUAUGAUCUGGCUGACCUGCUACUGGGCCUAUCAACCGAGAAGACCAGAAUCUAAAAGACACGAUCACCCAAACGUCCACUGCAGCAAGAUUUACAGUAGCCAAGAAAUGGAAGCAACCAAAAUGUCAAUCGACACGUGAAUGGACAGAAGUGGUACAUGUACACAAUGGAAUAUUAGCCACAAAAAAAGAAUGAAACAGUGCCCUUUGCAGAACCAUAGAUGAGCCUAGAGAUGAUCAUACUACGUGAAGUCAGAAAGAGAAAGACAAAUAUCCUAUGAUGUCAUUUAUAGGUGUUAUCUAAAAACGGAUACCAAUGAACAUAUUUCCACAGAGAAAGACACAGACUUAGAAAACAAACUUAUCGUUAACCAAAUGGAAAGGUGGGAGGAAUGGGUCAAUUAGCAUGUUGGGGUUAACAUACAUAUACUAAUACAGAUAAAAUAAAUAUAUCAAAAAGGACCUACCUCAUUGCAAGGGAGGUCUACUCAACCGUCUGUAAUAACCUACACGGGAACAGGAUCGGUACAUGAAUAGAUAUAUGUAUAUGCAUAAAUGAAGCAGGUUCUGUACACCGAGAACAAACACAACAUUGUAAUCAAAUUUACUCUGAUAGAAAAUAAAAAUUAAAUUAAAAAAACAAAGAAGUAAUGAGACAUAAGCUUUUGGGGGUUUGUCCUGGCACAUUCCACUCUAAUUUACAACAAAGGAACAGGACUUCCAGGAAGGCUCUGCUGCCCUAGUAACCAGAGUGGGGAAUUGAGAAAUCCUGCCACCUUGUGGCCGUUUCCCGCAACAGCAGCUUUAAACCUAGUGCUAACGGUCACAUAAUAUUCACAAGGACUGCAGGGCUGUAAAUGACACCUGCCCUCAAAAAAUGUCCUGCGGUCAGGAAUCGACAAGAAAAUUCAACACAGGGCAAACUUUCAAGAAGACAAUUUCAAGAGGUAAAUUCUACUCACACCGUUGUUUUUUUUUUUCUUAAAGCACAUGAAAAACUGCUCAACAUCACUCAUUAUUAGAGUCAGGCAAAUCCAAAAUACAAAAAGGUAUCACCUCACACCAGUUAGAAUGGUCAUCAGCAAAAUAUCUACAAACAAGAAAUGCUGAAGGGGUGGUGGAGAAAUUGGUACCCUCUUAUGCUGCUGGUGGGAUGUAAACUGGUAGCAGCCACUAAUGAGAACAGAAUGGAGGCAGCUUUAAAAGGUAAAAAUUGAGCUACCAUAUGAUCCGGCAGUCCAAUUGCUGGGUAUGUAUCUAAAGACCAGAAUUUGAAAAGAUGCACCCAAACGUGCACUGCAGCAAGAUUUACAAUAGCCAAGACAUGGAAGCAACCAAAAUGUCCAUUGACCAAUGAAUGGAUAAAGAAAAAGUGGCACAUGUCCACAAUGGAAUAUUGUUCAGGUAUGAAAAGUAUGAAAUAAUGCCAAUUGCAGCAACAUAGAUGAACCUAGUUGUAAUCAUACUAAGUGAAGUAAGUCAGAAAGAAAAAGACCAAUAUUGUAUGAUACCACUUAUAGGUGGAAUCUAAAAAGUAAUACCAGUGAACCAAUUGACAAAAGAGAAACAGAAUCACAAAAGUAGAAAAUAAAAUUAUGGUUAACAAAGGGGACAGAUGUGGGGAAGGGACAAAUUAGGAAGCGGGGAUUUACAAAUAGAAACUAUUACAUAUAAAAUAGAUAAUCAACAAGGACCUACGUAUAACAAGGGAGUUCUACUCAACAUUCUGUAAUAACCUAUAUGGGAAAAGAAUCCGGAGAUGAAUAGAUAUAUCUGUAUGUAUAAAUGAAAAAGAUUCUGUACACCUUCGAAACACACAACACACAGCACUGUAUAUCAUGUAUACCAAGACUUUAAGCAGAUGUACCCUCCCUGUGGGAGGCAGAAUAAUGUCCCCCCAAAGAUCCUAACCUCUGGAACCUAUGGUGUUACAUGGUAAAGUGGAAUUAAAUUGCUAAUCAUUUGACCUUAAGAUAAGAUUAUCUUGGAUAACCUGGAUAACAGGCAGGCCCAAUGUAAUCAUAGGGUCCUUAACAGUGGAAGAGGGGGGACGGAAGAGUCAGUAUCAGUGAUGUGUUAUGAGAAAGACUCAACCAGCCACUGCUGGCUUUAAAGAUAGAAGGGAGUCAUGAGGCAAGGAGUGUGGGUAACCUCUAGAGGUUGGACAGGUAAGGAAACAGAUUCUCCCCUAAAGCCUCCAAAAGGAAUGCAGCCCUGCCAACACCUUGGUUUCAGCCCAGUGAGAUCCAUUUUGGACCUCGGCCCCAGAACUGUAAGAAACUUGUAUCGGCUUAAGCCACUAAGUUUGUGGUAAUUUAUUACAGCAGCUACAAGAAGAUACUACUUUCUUUUGCCAGCAGGAAGAAAUUAACAGUGAAACUCUAGAUAACGGUAGAGCCAGAAGAUGGAAGGAUCCAGGGCCUCUGAAUCACCAAGUAAAGUGAAGUCAUCUGCUGGUUGAAAACACACACCUUGGACUCUUAUGUGAGAAAAACCUCUGCUGUAUUUGAAUGAUGACAUUUUUUACAACUGUUUUGUCUCAUCCCAAUGAGUACAACUCUCUGUGCCUCAGAGAAUUUAAACUUAUUUUUAAAUAAGUUUUCUUAUUUAAAAAAAAAAGUGAGGGGCUUCCCUGGUGGUGCAGUGGUUGAGAAUGCAGGGGACAUGGGUUCGAGACCUGGUCUGGGAAGAUCCCACAUUCCACGGAGCAACUGGGCCCGUGAGCCACAACUACUGAGCCUGCGUGUCUGGAGCCUGUGCUCCGCAACAAGAGAGGCCAUGAUAGUGAGAGGCCUGCGCACCGCGAUGAAGAGUGGCCCCCGCUUGACUCAACUGGAGAAAGCCCUCGCACAGAAACGAAGACCCAACACAGCCCAAAAUAAAUAAAUUAAUUAAUAAUAAUUUAAAAAAGAAAAAAAAGUGAGUAUAAAAAUAAUAGCUACCUCAAAUAGUUAUGGUGAAACUUAAAUACUAUAUCUAAAGUGUUUAGAAUGAUUCCUGACACACAGUAAGUGUAGUAUAAGUGUUAUCAUUAAGAGUGUGUGCAUACAUAUGGUCACCUUAUCUUUGAUAAAGGAGGCAGGAAUGUACAGUGGAGAAAGGACAGCCUCUUCAAUAAGUGGUGCUGGGAAAACUGGACAGCUACAUGUAACAGAAUGAAAUUAGUACACUCCCUAACAACAUAGACAAAUAUAAACUCAAAAUGGAUUAAAGACCUAAAUGUAAGGCCAGACACUAUCAAACUCUUAGAGGAAAACUUAGGCUGAACACUCUAUGACAUAAAUCACAGCAGGAUCCUUUUUGACGCACCUCCUAGAGAAAUGGAAAUAAAAACAAAAAUAAACAAAUGGGACCUAAUGAAACUUAAAAGCUUUUGCACAGCAAAGGAAACCAUAAACAGGACGAAAAGACAACCCUCAGAAUGGGAGAAAAUAUUUGCAAAUGAAGCAACUGACGAAGAAUUCAUCUCCAAAAUUUACAAGCAGCUCAUGCAGCUCAAUAAGAAAAAAACAAACAACCCAAUCCAAAAAUGGGCAGAAGACCUAAAUAGACAUUUCUCCAAAGAAGAUAUACAGAUUGCCACAAACACAUGAAAGAAUGCUCAACAUCAUUAAUCAUUAGAGAAAUGCAAAUCAAAACUACAAUGAGGUAUCACCUCACACCGGUCAGAAUGGCCAUCAUCAAAAAAUCUAGAAACAAUGAAUGCUGGCGAGGGUGUGGAGAAAAGGGAACACUCUUGCACUGCUGGUGGGAAUGUGAAUUGGUUCAGCCACUAUGGAGGUUCCUUAAAAAACUACAAAUAGAACUACCAUAUGACCCAGCAAUCCCACUACUGGGCAUAUACCCUGAGGAAACAAAAAUUCAAAAAGAGUCAUGUACCAAAAUGUUCAUUGCAGCUCUAUUUACAAUAGCCCGGAGAUGGAAACAACCUAAGUGCCCAUCAUCGGAUGAAUGGAUAAAGAAGAUGUGGCACAUAUAUACAAUGGAAUAUUACUCAGCCAUAAAAAGAAACGAAACUGAGCUAUUUGUAAUGAGGUGGAUAGACCUAGAGUCUGUCAUACAGAGUGAAGUAAGUCAGAAAGAGAAAGACAAAUACCGUAUGCUAACACAUAUAUAUGGAAUUUAAGAAAAAAAAUGUCAUGAAGAACCUAGGGGUAAGACAGAAAUAAAGACACAGACCUACUGGAGAAUGGACUUGAGGAUAUGGGGAGGGGAAAGGGUGAGCUGUGACAAAGCGAGAGAGAGGCAUGGACAUAUAUGCACUACCAAACGUAAGGUAGAUAGCUAGUGGGAAGCAGCCGCAUAGCACAGGGAGA